GGAGUGGACUCAUUUAAUUGUCGGUCGUCGUUAUUUGAAUCAAGGAGAGCAUGUUCUGUAGUUAGUCCGUACCUGGCUCCUCAUAGCAUUCGGCGAGGCUGCGGGUGCCAUAGCAACCAUUUCGGAAACACUGGCUGCAGUAGUUAGCAUCUAGCGGGCUAAAUGUAGCAUUUGUCAGUCUGAGAACUUAUCACGCAUGUCACUCAUUCACAUUGCAUCGUUCGGUACCGAACUUUGAUACCGCGAUAUUCAGUGAGCGAGCGUAACAAAUACCGACGUCGUAGUGCUGGUUUUAGCUGCUUUGGCUUCACAUUUGCGCCAAUCAAGUUUCGCUUAGCUUGAGCUGCCCAGGCCGACUGGUGAUUUAGCUGUUAAAUUACGGAGACGCAUAUGAAUUCUUCAACGUGUAGAAUGUGAACUGAAGACUAAUUGAUGGCACACGAGUAUUCGAUGAUUCUGUCAGUGGUGUCAUGAGAGUUGCGAGUCAGUCGAUCAGCUGAUCUGUAGCCGCUAAUGUUCGAGUUAGCUCUCGUGUAGCUACUAGUACUGCUGCAGCAAUCGUACGAUUAAUUCCACUUUAAUAACGGAUGCCAUCCUCAACAUAUUUGUAUUCUGUUUAAAUGUCUGAAAGCUAAUUCAACAGUUCGGUGUCAUGGGUUGACUCACUGCGAUUUUCUCCAGUUCUGUAGAUGGAACAAGUGUAACAUCAUCAGCACACGUUUGGUUUUGUAAUGACAAGUUGGUGUGGACAUAACUCUCAUUUCAGUAUUGGGCCGAAAUCUAGUAUGGAUGUUGAUGACUGCAAUGGCCAGUCUUACAUGUCAGUUAAUAGUGGAGACUCUUCAAUGGAAAAAGAGUUUUCUGGGGGCCUUGGUGGUCCGACAGUAAGCACGCCAAACAGCAAGGAAACCUCACCUCAUCGCUCGCUCAGCGCAAAUUCUAUUAAAGUCGAGUUGUACAGUGAUGAAGACCCCGGUCCUAGUAACGAUGAUGAGCGAGUGGAACGUAUAGAAGAAGGAGGCGUGGAUCAGGGAACAGAGGCGUCUGGUCACAGGGAGCUUACCAAUCAUGACAACAUUCGACUGCCCAGUGGGAAGCUGAAGUGUGACAUCUGUGGCAUGAUCUGCAUUGGACCCAAUGUUCUCAUGGUGCACAAACGCAGUCACACAGGUGAGCGGCCAUUCCAGUGUAAUCAGUGUGGCGCCUCCUUCACUCAAAAAGGAAAUCUGCUCCGUCACAUUAAGCUGCACUCCGGAGAGAAGCCCUUUAAAUGUCCUUUGUGUAGCUAUGCCUGUAGAAGAAGAGAUGCCCUCACCGGCCAUCUUCGCACUCAUGCCGUAUCCUCUCCAACUGUUGGGAAGCCAUACAAAUGCAGUUACUGUGGUCGCAGUUACAAGCAACAGAGCACUCUGGAGGAGCACCUUGAACGCUGCUACAACUACUUACAGAGCGUGGAGUCAAAACAGCCUAUCAGUGCUCAGCAUCCAGGAGAGGAGAUUAGGGAGAUGGAGUACAUCCCAGACUCCCCGCUUCAUGCCUCCUCAGACAAGAUGACGUUUGUUGAUCGGCUCGCCAGCAGCGUCACCAAACGCAAAAGAUCCAUGCCACAAAAAUUUGUAGGACAGAAGCACAUACAUAGUGGAAAUGCACGUUCCGAGUUAAAUGCUGCUUUGGACAAAGAUGGAGAGACACAUCCAGGAGACUUGGAAGGCCUACGCGUUCCUAGAAGAGAGUAUGCAGGCAGUGAUGGAGGAGGAGGGGGAAUGGCAGACCCCCUGCAGCCUCUCCAUCUCCCCAUCACUCACCCUUCAUGCUUAUCCGAACUCCGAUCGAUGCACAGUGCCGCUUAUGCGCCGGGCGCUCUCGGCCUGAGGCUGGACUGCAUGGGGGCCAGUGUAGGGCUGGGGCCCGCCAACGUGGGGAGAAGGGAAGCGGCGGAGGGUCACGAAGACCUGCCCGUGGGUCGCAGUCAGGCAGCCUCCCCCAGCAACGGUUGCCAGGACUCUACGGACACGGAAAGCAUGCCGGAUGAGCCGUGCAACAGCACCGCUCCUGGUCCGACCCUUCAUAGGAACAACGGGCAUCAUCUCCACAACACGGCGACUCCUUCGCACUACAAAAUUUGGGACGGACACAGCCCCGGCCACGCCAAAGACCGGGAGACCAAAAGAGAGGACGGAAGUCACCACGCGCCCCCUCCGUCGGGCCUCGUCCCAAUGCCCAGUUCACCUACGGCGCCCUCGUCCACCUCAAGGGAGACUCUGCGAGUGGUAGACGGCGAAGGGCGAACGGUGCGCUGCUUCCGAUGCGACCACUGCCGCGUGCUCUUCAUGGACCACGUCAUGUUUACCAUCCACAUGGGGUGCCAUGGAUUUCGGCAACCUUUCGAGUGUAACAUCUGCGGCCACCGGAGCCAAGACCGCUACGAGUUUUCUUCGCACAUCGUCCGGGGAGAGCACAUCCUCGACUGAGGAACAGUCCCGAUGAGCUCGGCCUGGCAUGGUUUGGUCUGCACAGCACAAAGGAAACCCAUUAUUUAUCAUAAUGCACUUUGAAAAUGUCUCUGAACAUGCACUUUUCCCAUCCACACGUGUGCCUUGCGCCCAAAUUCAGGAUUCCCACCUAAUGCACAUAUUGUGGUUGACCAAUCCGACCUGAAAACUCUUGAGCACUUUAACAGAUUCUUCAUCCCCAAAAGUCAAAUGUGAAGACCCUCGCCUCAUUUGAAGAAACGGCCCUUAAAAACAUUCACUAUCAUGUUUUUAUGUCCUUGUUUUGAGUGCAGACCAAAUGAAAGAGCCAGGUCAAAGUUCACGAGAUGUUGAGAAAGUUGUCUGUGAAUCAUAAAUGCACUUUUUGUUUCGUGUCAAGUGGUAGGGUGAUUGAACUGAGUGUACGUAUGUGAGAUAUUGUUAGUUUUCUGGAAAUCGGUAGAACGUGUGAAGGCCAGUGAACAAUGGAGGCCUUUACUUGGAUGACUUAUGAGCGUUACCUGUCUUGUUGUUUUUAAUUUGUUCUAUAACUGCUUCUGUUGCACUGAUACUUGCCAGAAAAUCCUGAUCAUAUUAAACAGUUUUAUAGACUACAUUCACAAGCUGCACAUUUCUCUCAAAAUAUGAGGAAAAACCAUGACUGCCGCUCAAGUGGGAGAAGUGAUAAUCUUAUGUCAAGAAAUAAUGUCAAUGCAGUUACAACUUUACUAUCAUUGGUUUGUAUUGUGCCUUCCCUCAUCGUGAAAUUCAGUGACUAGAGUUCAAGCUAUGAACUAACAAUCAUGUCCUCAAACAUACGAAUUCAUGUUGGAAUGAGUUACCAAAGAAUUUAAGAUCUCAAGUCAGUCUAAUUCGUGCAUACACGGGUGGGAAUUCUAAAUAUAGAUCGAUUUAGAGCAAAAACUUCCAGCUUUUUAUUAACGGAAAUGUAAAAUAUUGCAGUUUAGUCAUUACAUGUUCAAAGAUUGGAUAUGGAUGGCAUUGUUUUUUUGGUAAAAUGGAUUCUGACUGUUCUUGCAACUCUCGAGCUAUACUUUACAAAACAUUAAGCAUAAGCCAAGAAAUGAUGACAGAAGCAACAACUGUUAAAGAACCUGCCCGAAACCUGAUCAAAUUGUGUAGGCAAGACUCCCAUGUCCAUGUAUUUUUUUUUCUGACCCUUUAACAGUUACCCCAUAAUGCUGAAAAUUGUGUAAAGCAUGAAAAGAAUUAGCGCUACUUGUGAUUGAUUCCAAUGAGAAAAGGAUAUUUUGUCGCUACAUCGUGAGAAGUGUUUGGUGGUAUUUGUCGAUACAAUGUUGACUAAUUGUAACUGCAAGAAAAACCUUUUUUGCUCACUUGGUUUAAAUCCUGAAUGUGGUUAUGGUGACCUUUAUGGUUAAAGGUCAUGUGUGGACAAUUUGAAAUUACCGUUAUUAAUUAUAAGACAUGAUUGCGCAAGUGCAGCGGUCAAGCACAAUUCUAAACGCAAGACAGAUUAAGGCUCCACUAUCAGUCAUUUUAUCAUGAGUUAGCUUACCUUACAUUAAAGUGAUCGCUGUUGUACUGAGAAAUGUAUUUUGAGUAUU